CGGAGAUCAGUUGUCACAUAGUUGUUGGUCGCAUCGUAGGCGUAGAGCUGGCCAAACAUGAUACAGAGCUUUUUGAGCAUAGUGUGUGAGCAUGGAUGUUAGCAGUCAAAUCAAGGCAUUGCUGCCCGAGGUGAUCAACGGCAAAACCUUAAAGGAGCUAGAGGAAGAGACGACGGCUAACGACAAGAAAUAUGCCCACUUUGUGAAGGGUGUCAAACUGCCCUACGUCGUACCUCUGUCUACUAUUGAAGCCCUCAAAACAUUUGAGGUUCGCGAUGACGAUGUCUGUGUCGUCACGUACCCGAGGUCAGGAACCCAUUGGAUUGCAGAAAUAGUAAGCUUCAUCUUGAACGAAGGCCGGGAUGACUUCGACCGCACUUUCAUGAAAUGCAACCUAGAGGUCACUUACACACCCGACCCAUCGAAGGUAGAGAGUACAAUUCCCGGGUAUAAAAAGUUUGAAGAAGUGAACUCACCCAGGUGCAUCAACAGCCAUUUACCAUACAGCCUUCUUCUUCCGGAUGUGGUCAAGAAAUCAAAGGUUGUGUACUUGGCUCGCAAUCCAAAGGACACGCUUGUCUCGUACUUCAAGUUAACUAAACCAAGUAUGCCGCCUACGUUCCAGGACUUCAGUGUGUUCCUGUGGCUUUAUUAUGCCGGAGAAAUGAUCUUUGGGUCGUGGUUUGAUCACGUGCUCGGCUAUUGGCGACAAAAGGACCAUCCGAACAUCUUGUUUAUGAAGUACGAAGAUCUCCACAAGGACCUCAAGGGAUCCAUACGCACAGUAGCAAAGCACGUUGGGAAGGAUUUAUCUGAUGACGUCAUCGACCACAUCACUGAACGCGUGACCUUUGGAGGAAUGAAGAGCACAUAUGAUAAGUUUACAGACGUGUAUGGCGAAGCCGAGGCGCUGCAGAUGACCAACAUGUUCGGAGAAGACACGGUGUUCCUCAGAAAAGGAAAAGUCGGUAACUGGAAGAACACUUUCACAGAGGAGCAGAGCGCCCUCUUCGACAAGAUCUACGCCCUACGAAUGGAUGGGACCGAGUUGGAGUUUGACUUUGACCUACAAUACCGCACAGCUAUUUUUAACGGAUGCGUGAGCACGCUCGGUUAUUGUGGUGAAGUAGUCUAUCUGUGGUUAUACCCAAGUGUGCACAGCGUACGUAGUGUCGCCAUGAACGUUGCCGAGCAAAUCCAGGCGUUGAUGCCGGACUUGAUCAACGGAAAAACGCACCAACAACUGGAGGAGGAGUUGGCAGCUGGUGACAAGCAGAUGGGCUGCCAUGUCGUGAAUGGGAUCAAGUUCUCAUUCACUUUGCAGCAGUCCAAUCUGGAAGCCCUGAAGACCUUUGAGGUGCGCGAUGACGACGUGUAUAUAUUCACCUAUCCAAGAUCAGGAACUCAUUGGGUUGGAGAGAUAGUUCAGUAUAUUCUCCACGAUGGGAAGGCCGAUUUCGACCGCACUUUCAUGACCAAUGGGCUAGAGCUGACGAUAGCAAAUGGCCCAACUGAAGUUGAGAGUGUGACCCCCGGGUACAAGACGUACGCAGCCAUGGCAUCGCCACGGUGCAUCUUAAGCCACUGCUUGGAGAGUUUUCGACCUCCUCAGAUCUUAACUAAGCAAGCAAAGAUGGUGUAUGUUGCACGAAACCCGAAAGACAUGAUCGUUUCGUGGUUCAACAUAUUCAAGAUAGCUUCACACUGGACCUUCAAUGAAGUGUUCUGGGCAUUCUGUCUCGAGAAAAUGAAUUAUGGAUCUUGGUUUGAUCACGUGCUCGGCUACUGGAACCAGCGCAACGAUGAGAAUCUUCUAUUUAUAAAAUACGAAGAUUUACAUAAGGACCUCAGAGGAUCCAUUUGCAAACUAGCUAAGCAUCUCGGGAAGGAUCUACCCGAUGACGUCAUCGAUGACAUUCUGGAGCGCGUGACCUUUGGUGGGAUGCAGAAGUCUUAUCAACAGCUUGAGGAAGAACGCGGGGAGGAGGGGCGGCGGAUGACGCGUCGCCGUGGGAUACCACAUCUCAGGAAAGGACAAGUCGGCGACUGGAAGAACACUUUCACGGUGGCACAGAGCGCCCUCUUCGACAAGAUCUACGCCCUGAAGAUGAAAGGGACCGGCUUGGAUUUCGACUUUGAAGUUUGAGCGCCCCGAAGUGGGCCGAGCACCACAGCUACCUCUCCAUAUCCUGUUCUAUAAAGGUUCCUUUUGUUAUUAUACCCAUGGAAAUAACCGCUGUUCAAUACAUUGAAAAACGUUUAUGUGUGUAUGUGUACAUGAUCUUGUCAUAAUGCGUCGAGGACUUGCGACAAGUAGGCCUAUAGACCAUUAUCAUGUUGCGGCCGU